UAGUGGGCGUUGAGUGUUUGUCUGUGAUCUCAUUUCCUCUCAAACAUUCAGUGGCGGGAAGCUCCAACUCUGCGACCAUACAUCUGUCAACUACGCACACCUUAUACAUACAUCUAAUCAGCCAUGAUGUCCUCUGUACUGAACUGUAUUGUUGCAGUUUGUCCUGAUAUGGGAAUCGGGAAGAGCGGCAAUCUGCCCUGGCACCCCAUUAGAUUAAGUAAGGAAUUCAGACACUUUCAGAAGAUGACGAUGACUCCUGCCGUAGAAGGUAAAAAGAAUGUGGUCAUAAUGGGCAGAAAAACCUGGUUCUCAAUUCCUCCGCAGAACCGGCCUCUAAAGAACAGGAUCAACGUUGUUCUUAGCAGAGAGCUCAAGACACCUCCAGAGGGAGCACACUAUCUGGCAUCUGACUUCAGCUCAGCUCUCGGCCUGCUGAACACUCCAGAGCUAGCGUCUCAAGCCGACCAGAUCUGGGUCAUUGGUGGGAGCUCAUUAUACAAGGAGGCAAUGGAGAGCUCUGGACAAAAGCGCCUGUUUGUAACAAGGAUUCUGAAGCAGUUUGACUGUGACACGUUCAUUCCUAAGAUCAGCCUGGAGAAGUACACACUGCUGCCUGAGUUCCCUGGAGUCCCUACUGGAUUACAGGAGGAAAACGGCUUACAGUAUGUAUUUGAGGUCUACGAGAGCAAAGACCAUUAAUGAGUGCACUGCAAAAAAGAUCUUUAACAGCUGUUGAUAACUUUCUAAGAGAAGACGCCACGGUGGUUAACAUUUUCUUACAUGGACUGAUGUCUCUGUGAAAAAAGGGCCUCUAAACCUGUUCGUGAUCGAUAUUGGCUAAAAUAUUGAAGCCCAGCGUGCGAGAGAGCAUCGGUCUCAAAGCAAAGAAUACAAAUACAUCACACUGGUGUCUUUGAAACAUAUCUUUUUUGUCAAUCUUUUAAACAUAUUAAAUACUCGUUUUCAAUUGUUUGGUGCA